AUGGAUGACGAAUACAAUUAUUCCGCCGACGACGCCGAGCGCGAGACCAUCCGCGUCUGGCGCACAUGGCGAACAGUUUUCGAAAUGCUGCAAGACCGCGGCUAUGAAGUGACAGAGGAAGAAGUCAAGAUUGACCUUGACGAAUUUAAGAGGAAAUACGUCGGUGAAAAAGGAUACCCCAGCCGCGAGAAGCUAAAGAUUCAAGCCCGUCCCACCGAAGCCAUGAAAGCAAAAUACACGCCUCUCCCGACCCCCUCAAACCGUGAUCCCCAGCCAGACUGCGGGACAAUCUACAUUGAAUUCUGUCCGGACGACAGCGGUAUUGGCACAAAGCAAGUCCGCACCUUCAACCACACUGUUGACGAGGGAAAUUUCCAUACCGGCAUCUUCAUCACAAAGACGCCCAUCUCCCCAUCUGCCGUUCGUCUGCUUAGCGGUAUCCCCGGCCGAAUCUGCGAGCAUUUCCAGGAGCAGGAUCUACUUGUGAACAUUACACGGCAUGAACUUGUACCGAAACAUGUGCUCCUAAGCCCUGAGGAGAAGAGCAAGCUCUUGCAGAGAUACCGUCUGAAGGAAUCGCAGCUGCCAAGAAUCCAGGUUUCGGAUCCCGUUGCGAGGUAUCUGGGGCUCAGGCGCGGGCAAGUCGUCAAGAUUAUCCGGAAGAGUGAGACGGCAGGCAGAUAUGCCAGUUAUCGAUGGGUUAUUUAAGUAGGUUUGAGUUAGCGACACGGGGUUGCAUUCCACCAGGCAAUCUUCAACCGCGAAUAAAUCAUAACUCUGGUUCCACCUCUAGUGAGACACCCAGCUCAACUGGAUAUGGAUGACUGUCCUAGGGUAGGACAGGCGCAGGCCUUUGUGGGAGAACCAGAUCUCUGCAAGUCAAGGGAAAAAACAGGAAAGUAAAAGAGAAAGGCAUUGGGCAGCAUGGCGUACCGGCGAAGAAAUUUUUCAGGACGGUGUUAUAUCCUUGUUCCUCGUUUGUGUAUUUCAGUGCUGGUUUAAUAUGACCAACGUCAAAGCUGAACUGUACAUUUGUCCAUUUUAUUCUAAUAGAGCAUGCAGAUCUAACCUCACCGUC